AUGAAAAGAAUAAAAAUUUGGACUGUAAUAUUGUUGCUUUUUUAUGUGGUAUCUGUCCUAGCUGAUGAACAUUCACAUACGUACGAAUCUGAAGAUGAUGUGAUAAUAUGGGUGAAUACAGUGGGACCUAAAUCGAAUCGGCAAGAAACCUAUGAAUAUUUUCAGCUUCCGUACUGUCAGGGGGACCAUGUUUCCGAACAUCAUCAUGAAACAUUAGGAGAGGCAUUGUUAGGCAUGGAAUUGGUGAAUUCUGGAAUUGGCAUGAGAUUUUUGGUAAACGAGGAAAAUGUCACAAUUUGUGAUAAAGGAUUAACGGCAAAGGAUGUCAAUCUUUUCCGUUAUGCUGUUUCCAAUAAUUACUGGUAUCAGUUAUUUUUAGAUGAAUUGCCAGUUUGGGGAUUUGUCGGAGAGUUUGAUGCAAACACCGGUGAUGCUUACUUAUAUACUCAUAGGGAUUUUGUAAUAAGCUAUAAUCAUGAUAAGAUCAUCCAAGUCAAACUCGAAAGCGGAAAUCCAGUCAAAUUGUAUUGGGAAACUCGAGAUAUACCAGUACGAUUUUCAUAUUCGGUAAGAUGGGAACCUACUGAGGAUUCAUUUGACUCAAGAUUUGAUAAAUUACUAGAUACAGAAUUUUUUGAACAUAAGAUUCAUUGGUUUUCAAUUUUCAAUUCAUUUAUCAUGGUUAUGCUUUUGGCCGGCUUUGUUAGCGUCAUAUUAUUGCGUAUGCUAAAAAAGGAUUACGCUAGGUAUGACAAGGAGGAGGCUCUUGGUGAUUUGGAUCAUGACCUUGGUGAUGAAUAUGGUUGGAAACAAGUUCAUGGCGACGUUUUUCGUGCACCUCGUUCAUUACUAUUAUUUUCAUCUCUAGUCGGUACUGGACACCAGUUGAUGUGGCUAACUUUGGUUAUGAUUCUGUAUAUAAUAAUUGGAGAUUUAUACGCAGAGCGUGCCACUAUACUGACGGCAUCAAUAUUCUUUUAUAUCUUGACGUCUGCCAUUGCAGGAUAUUCCAGUGCGAACACAUAUCAGAUUUAUGGAGGUAUUGGUCUGAAUAUUUCUCGAAGUCGUAAUUGGAUAAAAAAUAUUCUUGUGACUGCUACUUUGUGGCCAGGAAUAAUCAGUAUUAUGACGGCUAUGAUCAAUUUUGUUGCCGUAUAUUACUCUAGUUCGCGGGCAAUUCCGUUUACAGCCAUGUUAGUGAUUUCUGCAAUUUGGUUGUUCCUUGCAUUUCCAUUGACAUUUCUGGGGGCGAUCCUUUGUCGCAAUUGGGCAAGUCAGCCAAAUUUUCCUUGUCGCGUUAAUCCUAUUCCGCGACCUAUUCCUGAGAAAAUUUGGUACGCUGAACCCCUUGUGAUAGUCGCUCUUGGCGACGAAGUGUUAGACGAAAUUCUCGAACUCUUUGGAGACGAAGAGAACGAAAGGUUGAACAGCCUACAACCUGAGCCGUCUAGUAGUAAUGAAUACGCGCAAGAAAAACGAUCAUCUAGGACCUCCAACCAGAAACGAAAAAGGUCUACUACAUCACCUCGUCGCGGAGGAUACUCGGAAGAAGAUGGUGAGAGUAACGAAAGACGAAGAGAUACAGACGAGUUUGAUUCUGAAUUGUACCAUGAUGAGGAUGAUCGAGAUAGAUUAGAGAACCUUGUUGAGCUCGAUCGUGAAAGAAUAUUGGCUGAAAGAGCUGAAAAAAUACAACAUCAUAAAGAUUUAGAAGCAGUACAGUUAAUGAUAAAUAGUGAAGAUGGUGGUACAACAAGAAGAUCUUCUAGAACAAAGGAUUCAAGAAAGAGAGGAGAUUUCGAAGAACUUAGACGUCGACGAGCACAAAAAAAUCAAAGUCAGCGAACAAGAGCUGGAUCACAGAGUCCAGAACCUGGUGAACAUAUUACAACCGGUGACGAAGAUGACAUGUUCUAUGAAGAGAAUGAAAGUUGGGAACGUAAUAAGGAUGAUGAUUCUGAACCUUUCUUUGAGAAAAUUGUAGUUGGUUGUUUUGUUCGUUUGCAUAUUGGAUUACAAAAUGGUGUUGAAGUACCAGAAAGGGUACAACCAUAUCUGAUAGAUGCGAACGAUAAAGUAAAGACAAAUAAAGUAUUACGUCUUAAACAUGCCGAUGCUGUAAAAAGUUGGCAAAUGAAUAUUAUUUCAAACGGAAAGUUUGAACAGUCUGAGUUUGAUCGUUGGACAGUAACUAUGAAAAUUAAAAAGUUUGACUUGCCAACGAAAGAAGCAAUAAUGAGAAAGAAAGAUCAAAUUAAGUCUGCUGAUGAAUAUAUUCUUUCCGAGCAAGAUGUUGAUAUAAUGAUAAAACAGAAGCAAACCCUUCGUGGAGGAGUUGAACCUAUAAAUUUACUAACCGAAAAAACUACCUUGGUAACUCAAAAGAACUUAGCAAUUGCUCAAGGGAAUACCAGAGAAGCACAAAACUAUGGUUUACGCCUUGCAGAGAUAGAUAAGAUACUUUCUGAAACAUCUCGUUCUCAAAAACAAGACACAUGGGCUCGUGUUAAUGAACGAAAUCGAUUAAAAAAUUUGGAAGAUUCACGUAGAGCAGAAGAGGAAGCCAGAAAAAGUAGAAAAGAAUUUAUUCCUAGAAAAUCCAUAAAAACUUCUAUAACAGAUUCACCAACUUCAAAAUCGAAUGGAGUUAGAGCUGAACAAUUUGAGAAAGCAAAAAAAUCGUCAUUGACACCUUAUGAGGCUUUAAUUAAUGAAGUCCAAUGUAACCUUUCUCUUCCUUCAGAUUCGCUUAAUAGUACGCAAAAUCAAUCCGAAGUAGAUUAUGAACAGAGAUAUUCAAGUUUCACCGUUGAACAAUCAUUGGAAUUGAUUCGUAAAAUUGUUAAACAAUCAUCUCAAGCACAACAACAAUCUGACGUCCCACAGCAGCAACAGCCACAAUUGCCACCACGCGAAGAAUCAAAGAAUAUACAACAUUAUGCAACUCAACCGCCGCAUUCGUCAUGGAAUUCAGAUGGUGCAAUUCCGUCAUUAAAAGAUUUGCACUAUGAAAUUUGA